AAAUUUCAGCAAUUUUCUAUAUCAAAUUAACAUAUACCUUUCUUUUCUGCCACACACACUAUAUAAAAAUAGCGCAAUGGAUUGUCUUGGAAUCAUGUUUAUCUCCUUCAAGUUUUUAUAUUAAUAAUUCUCAUUCUCUCUCUCUCUCUCUCCUAUAAUUCUGACUUGGGUCUGUAAUUAAAGAGUAGAAGUUGCCCCAAUCAAUCAAAAAGCUCAAAGCAGACACCAAAACCAAAAAGACAACAUGGGCAGAGCUCCUUGCUGCGACAAAGCAAACGUGAAGAAAGGUCCAUGGUCUCCAGAAGAAGAUGCUAAGCUCAAAUCCUACAUAGAAAAACAUGGCACUGGUGGUAACUGGAUUGCUUUGCCUCAAAAAAUAGGCCUUAAGCGAUGUGGCAAGAGUUGCCGCCUUAGGUGGCUGAACUAUCUUCGCCCUAAUCUCAGGCACGGUGGUUUCUCCGAGGAAGAAGACAACAUUAUUUGUAGCCUUUACAUCAGUAUCGGAAGCAGGUGGUCGGUGAUUGCUGCACAAUUGCCGGGAAGAACUGAUAAUGACAUAAAGAACUACUGGAACACGAGGCUGAAAAAGAAGCUUCUAGGGAAGCACCGAAGAGAGCCACGUAAUAGAGGCAAUUACAGCAGUGUUAAGCAAGAAAUUAGUGAUGCUAAUAGAAGGAGUAGCGAUGGUGAUUCUUCUUCCUUAUCCAUGGUUCAGGAAAAUAGUAGCACUAGUCAACAACAUCAACAACAUCAACAAUUAUGUUGGCCACAGAACAUUAACAUGCCAGUGCUGCCACUACCCAUAGUACCCUUUCCAUACACAACAAACCAAGGUCCAGGUUUCAACGACCAAGAUUCCAUCAAGAAACUCCUGAUCAAACUAGGAGGAAGAUUUUCAGGUGAUUAUUACCAGCCUACCCUUGAUGGGUUGAACCUUCAAUUCUCAUCACAAGGGCAACAAGUUUACCAAGAACAAGUCCACGUUGGUUCCUCUUCUUCUUCAGCCUGCAUUGUUGCCAACAACGAGGUACAGUUUGCACAAACUGGUCAAUACUCUGGAGUUGAUGACAUGAUGCAAGGACAAGAUGGUAAUUUCACUCCAUCAUUUGAUGAAAUGGUGCCUUCUUCUAAUUAUUCAGAUGGGUUAGAGUUCUUGUACAAUGAGGGCAUGAUCCACCACAAGAUAACAGAUUCUACUAUAACUACUACUUGUGACCAAAACACCACCACCAGCACCACCACAAAUUGGGUUGAAACCACCACUUCCAUUUAUCACCAUGAUUCACUUGCUUCCCAUUUUGAAGGUCAAGAAUGUGCUUUGCAAGAGUUUAGCUACCCAGGGGCACAAUAACAUUAUCUUUUUGUAUAUUGUUAUUUUACUGUCAUUACUAUUAUUAUUUAGCCAUUUAUCACAAGGGGAGGGGGGUAAUUGACGAUAAAAUAAGUUAUAUAUAUAUAUAUAGAUAUAGUAUGUAUAACUGUCUAUGUACUGUAGCUAUAUUAAUUUCUGCUUAGUUAGUUAGUUUUUCUCAUAAGCUAUAGUGCUGAAUGUUGAUCAUCUGCUAGGUAGUAGCAGUGUAGUUUCUCUGACUAUUGUUUUGUGUAUUGAUUUGGGUAUCGUUUAAACAUCUUUCGUGUUCUAACUGAUUUCUGCUAUGAUUUAUCAUUUAUUGUGUCCAUAGAAGACCAGUCAAACUCUAUGCAAUCUCAGAAAAAGGCACUGAUCAGUAGGGUGUGCCAUUUAGUCUGAACAAUGUGGUUGGUGUUUACGUGUACAUUUGUCUUUCAACAAAAGAAAAGAAAGGAAGAAAGAGAUACAAUGAAUUUUUAUGAUAUCUUUUAAGACAAACGUAGGUUGAAGCAUUACAUGCAUGAUA